UUUUUUUACUUUUGAUUAUCGUAGCAUCGUGAACAAAAAUAACCUCGAAUCGCAAGGAAAAGAAGGACUGUUCGAUCAUUUUCUUCGUCGACGUUAAUGAUACACGUGUGUGAAGAAUGCAGCGAGGAAGAAGGAGAUAAUUGACAACUAGGAUAAAUCGCGGGGAAAAAGACUAAAUAAAUAAUUGACGAUCGUAACGAACGUUGUUCCGUUGUGCUCGUAAGUUAUCGCGGGUUGCACGAUGCUGCCACCACGGCAAGGGGGGGACAACUAACUUUUUACAUCGACACCGUUCACAGCUUCUGUGUCCGUCGAUGCCUCGAUAGAAAGGCACCUCGCGUCGUCCCGACUUUCUACCUUCUUCGUUCGAAUCGCACCCUUUCUCGUUUCGUUAAAUCGUGAUCGCGUCGGUCAAUGGAACCGAUUUCGUUGUUUUCACGAGAGAACAAUAAACUUCGAAGAAAAAUUCGAAACUGAUCGUUCCCUUCGAGGGAAGAAAGUUGGUUCGUUCGUUCGAUUUUGGGCGAGGAGACACGAUGCCGAGAAACCGAAAUUCCUUGACCAAAUUCGAGGUACUGAUGGUGCUAAGCUUAACGGUGCUGGUUCAACUGGACGUGUGCAGGUGCACCCCGUCCCACAGAAGCAGACAUCACGCGGAUAUGUCGUACGAGGAUACGAUGAGCUUUCGAAGCGGCGAGGAACUGCCCAGACCGGCCGCCCUCAAUUCGAACGACGAUCCACUGAUUGUUCAGACAAGAAAGGGCAAGGUCAGGGGUAAGACCAUGACCGCUACCACGGGAAAGGAGGUCGAUGCCUGGUUCGGGAUCCCUUACGCGCAGAAACCUCUCGAAUCGCUGAGGUUUCGGCAUCCAAGGCCAGCGGAACGUUGGUCGGGUAUAUUGAACGCCACCACAUUGCCCAACAGCUGCGUACAGAUUCUGGACACCGUGUUCGGUGAGUUCGCGGGCGCGACCAUGUGGAAUCCGAACACGCCGUUGAGCGAGGAUUGCCUUUACGUGAACGUUGUCGUGCCACGUCCCAGGCCUACCAACGCCGCUGUUAUGGUAUGGAUAUUCGGUGGUGGCUUCUAUUCCGGAUCGGCGACUCUCGACGUUUACGAUCACAAAACCCUGGUGUCCGAGGAGAAGGUGAUCCUUGUCUCGAUGCAGUAUCGCGUGGCCAGCCUCGGUUUCCUCUACUUCGGAACCCCCGAUGUUCCUGGGAACGCAGGCCUCUUCGACCAAGUGAUGGCCCUCGAAUGGGUCCGCGACAAUAUCGCCGCCUUCGGCGGCAAUCCUGACAACGUCACCCUGUUCGGGGAAAGUGCGGGCGCCGUUUCAGUUUCCAUGCACCUCCUUUCGCCUCUCUCAAGGCAUCUGUUCAACCAGGCCAUCAUGCAAUCGGGCUCGCCGACGGCGCCUUGGGCGAUCAUUUCGCGCGAGGAGUCGAUCGUGCGAGGAAUCAGGCUGGCCGAGGCGGUCGGUUGUCCUCACGAUCGCGACAACCUGCAAGAGGUGAUCGAUUGCCUCCGCGUCAAGGAUCCGAUCGAGCUGGUGAAGAACGAGUGGGGGACCCUGGGUAUCUGCGAGUUCCCGUUCGUCCCUGUGAUCGACGGCGCGUUCCUCGACGAGACGCCGCAACGAUCGUUGGCCACCUCCUCGUUCAAAAAGGCCAACAUCAUGAUGGGCUCGAACACCGAGGAAGGUUUCUACUUUAUCAUUUACUAUCUGACCGAGUUGUUCCACAUCGACGGGUCCGAGGUAAAGGUGAGCAGGGAGCAGUUCAUUAGCGCCGUUUCCGAAUUAAACCCGUACGUCAAUCAAUUCGGAAGGCGUGCCAUUAUCUACGAGUACACCGACUGGCUCCGCCCCGACGAUCCGCACGCGAAUCGCGACGCCCUGGACAAAAUCGUCGGCGAUUAUCAGUUCACUUGCAACGUGAACGAGUUCGCUGGCCGAUACACCGACACUGGGAACACCGUUUACAUGUACUAUUAUAAGCACAGAUCGAUGAACAACCCGUGGCCAAGAUGGACCGGUGUGAUGCACGCGGACGAGAUCAGCUACGUGUUCGGCGAACCGUUGGAUCCGACCAAGGGUUACACCCCCGAAGAGGUGAAUCUGUCGAAGAAAAUGAUGAGGUAUUGGGCGAAUUUCGCGAAAACGGGGGAUCCGAACGUCGGAGACGUGGACAUGUGGACGCAGGCGUACUGGCCACCUCACACUGCCGCCAAGAAGGAGUACAUGACGUUGGACACGAACAGCUCGGAAAUCGGGAACGGACCUAGAGUGAGGCAGUGCAUAUUCUGGAAAAACUAUCUUCCCCAAUUGGUCGCCGGUACUUGUAAGUAAAACUUCUUCUUUUCUUCCCCAUCUAUAUACGUUUUCUCCUAUCCUCGGCUCGCGUCGAAGAUCAUCAUUUUCUUCUUCCCGAUGACACCUGUUGAA